AAACAUAUUGUAUUCACAGCGUGAAAGGGAUUGGGAACAAGUUCUCGAACUUAUAACACCUCCAUGGUAUUUACAAAGUUCAUUUACUGUAUAAAUACAUCACAAUUAAGAAAGUUAUACUGGACAGAUAUGAAAUCAGAAAGAAGGCAAGGAAAGAGAAGAGAUUUUACAAGGUUUCUAGACACAAUAUUGACACUGGAACAUGUUGCCAAAAUAUUGACUCAGGAACAAUCAACACAACUCGAACCUGUAGGAGGCUUGAACAUGAAGGAGUCCCUAUGUCCAGCUGAUAUACUGAGCUGACAGUGUAUUAUUGAAGGAUUAAUUGUAGAGUAUAUUCUCAGUACAACAGUUUCGAAGUCUGUCCGUCAGACAGGGAGUGAUACGGUAUAUUAUUCACUUGCAUUCAAGCAAGGCAAUAAAAGUUGCUCUACAAUUUGUGCUCUUGGGUUAAGUGACCAAUAACCUAUUCAAUGUGCGUUACUGAUAAAAACUGCAUUGUGCUUUUGUCACAAUGUGUCAUGAAUCCCUGUGUUGUUUAGUAUUGAGAGGACAUCACAUUUUGUAUGAUGGAAUGUCGAGGAUUGCUUGAAGGAGAUUGUCUUGUGAACGCUCGACUGAUCUCAACUCAGCUUCUUUAGCUAAGUGAGUCUUGUGUACAAACACAAGGAUCUUCAAACAAGUUUGGCCAGUUCCACACCUUCCUUCCCCAUUACAUUCAAUAGACUCAGCCAUAUGUGUGUGUGGACUUGGCUACUGUGUCAACAGAGGGGGAAAGGAUGUGCACAUGUGUGAACUGACAUGAGCCACUUUUGAUGGAUGGGUGAAUGUAUUGGGGACAAGCUGUUUUGGAUGAGCUGCAUGUCCUUGGAUUUUACACAGGACAACUCUACCCAUGGUCAUCCUUCAUUCUGUAUUGGAUUAUAACAGUGUGGCGAAGGAGGAAGGUGUAUUUAGUUCAGUUGUGCUAUUCAUCAUCACCGGCCUCUCACCUGACGCAGGGAGUGAGAUGCCAGUGUAGAGACCGGCCAGUGUAGCCUAGUUGAUUAUUCAAGAGGAACAUCCCAGAGCAUCUCACCAAGAUGGAGGGACAAACUCAUCUGCAGCAGUCUCUGGAUUCAGAAGUAGGAAGCCAUGAUGGAGGUUCUGAAGGACCAGAGACGCAGACAUCUUGUCCUCAGAUAACAUUUUCCCUGGAUACAGGAGCUGGUGCUCACACUCCUCUUACACUGAAGGUGCUUGCCAAACAAACACUCAUCAUGGAUUCAGAUGGAACAGAGUCUGACUUCUCUGAUUAUGACGUAAAUACAUUUGCCAAAAGAAACCUCCGUUCUCCAAGACUGCAUCAGAAGUAUAAUGAAGAUUCAGAGGAUGAAUCCCCCCGAAGUUGGAAAGAUGAUGGAGGUAGCUCUGACUUGAAACGAAAGUGGGAUAAUGAGGGUGACUGGAGGUCUCCACAAAGUCCCACUAAGAAGCAAAAAGAUUCGGUCUUCCAACAGACCACUGAUGAAAGAAGUGAUGGGAUAAAGAAGUUGGAUCUGUCUGUGUCGUCAGUUGACAGCGCAGUCGGCGUCUCACUCAACAACACACCUGGUUCUGGCGUGUCUGACACCUCCAGCUUUGACAGCAACACCGACACUGAUGACUCCGGUUCACCUGUAGCAGGUUUUUGGAGGCACAGAGGGUACUUAUCACAGAAUCAACUCCUCUGGCCAAACAUUGCCACAUUUGCACUUCUCAAAUGAACAUGUUUCAGAACAAUUCAUAAAACUUGCAGCAGACGUGGAUUCUGUGAGAUCCUUGACCUUGUCAAAUGGAAAUGAUGGUUUUGUGGAGAAUCUGAUCCUUCAUCGGCUGGAGGAUGAGAAUCU